AUGACAUUACCAUCCCAUCAACAAACACAACGUCUCGAUCAUUUAUUUACGGCAAGUUAUCGUAUGUUUACUGCUUGUCCGUCCUUGAGUCGAUAUUAUAUGAAUGAAUUUCAAAAUACAUUGACAGAAUAUGAGUUAACUUCAGCUACAGAACGUCUUUCUUGUUCUAGUUGUGGACAAAUUCUAGUACCAGGGUUGAAUUCACAAGUACGACUGAUAUCUAAGAAAAGACAACAUAAGCCUAACAAAAGUUUGAUUCGAUCAAUGUGCUUUACUUGUCGUCACACAAAGAUAUACCAUGGCUCUUACAAGAAAAAGAUACCCACUGAAGAAACAGCACCUCCAGUGAUUGAACAAGGCAAGAAAAAGAAAAACAAGGGAAAAAAGAACAAUCUAAAAGCCUUGCUAUCUAAACCUAAGCCAAAUACCUCAACAACAGGCGGUCUCAGUGAUUUCUUAUCCUCACUUUAA